AUAUACAGCUAUUUCGAGAAAGGUUGUCGGAAAAAAUGUGCGCGCGACAAUCCCGAAACACUGUUCCUGACGACUGUAGCUGUCGAACCUUCUUUUGUUGCUUUCCUUUAGCACUCUCAAACACAUUUCCAUGACCUGUCGUUCCAAUUCUUUCAAAUUUCUUUGAAAAACAGAGAACUCAAAACCACCCACAAUUCUUUUCGAGAUUGUCGCAUGCACUUUUUCCGACAACCUUUCUCGAAAUAGCUGUAUAUAGCUUGCACCGCACAAGUGACUAUGGAAAUUAUACACGUAGACUAUACACUGCUGGUCAACUGCAGAUUGUAUAUCACGCAUUAGCAUUUUUUCGCACGAAACGAACUUCGUAAAAUUUCGUUGUGUUAAAAAUUUCAUUUGUGUCACUAAACCAUUACUUUACAUGAACUUAGUAACUCCCUUAAGUUGCUUUUAUCAAAAGUUUAUUUCCAAAUUUAUUUGUCAGAAAGCUAAGGACACCUAAAUUCUCACUUUCUAAAAUAGAGACGGAAAUAGGUAUCAGAAAAUCUGUCGUUUUCAGAAAUUCUUAAGAAUGUUUAACAAUGAUUCCUCGAGCCCGAAUGGGCUCUGAGUCAAUAGCCCAUGUACUGAGGCCGAAGGCCAUGAAGGCGAGAGGAAUAAUUGUUUUAGUGAAAUCCAGCUAGUUGGCCAAAAAUAUCGAGGCAAAACAACUUUAGCUAGCAAAACGCGAUUCCGCCGCCAUUGUUCUGGUUUUCAAGGCCGGCGCUUUUCGCUACCAGUGGGCUAUAACAUAUAGCAGAGUAGUAGCUUAACCAAUCAGAACGCAGCAUUGAUAAUAGACCACUAGUUGGAUUUUACUAAAGAGAGACUCGAAAAGGCUAAGGUUACCAUAGGAUGAUCAAUUCUACAAAAUGCGAAUUGCUCUACAAGUUUUUGAAGUAUCGGGAGCGAACACGUCAUUAGCUACCCCGAUAGAUAGGCAGAUAAUAGUAUAAUAACAUCAAAAGUAGGAAACAACGCAAAAUUACUGUUUGUGAUAAUUCAACAUAGGCGACACUGAAGGUUCGUGGAAAGGCUUUAUCAUCAGAACAGAAAUUAAAGGUUGUAUCCAAAGCGCAGACGGAAAAUCCUCUGUAUCUUAAGACGUUGCUGGAGGUAAGAAAGUUAUUAUUCACGUUUUCUUAUUCUUAAGAGAUGAACAAUAAUAAUAGUAAUAAUUAUAAUUUGUAUGUGUAAUCAAAUGGUGACGAGUGAAAUUAGGGAAUAAUUUAAAAAUAUCUUAAGACAUUCUUAAUAAACGUUUAUUAUAGGCCCUUGAACGAGAUGAUGAUGGGACAAGGAAUGUUUGCCCUGAGGUUUCCUAAGCGAAUUAAGUGUUUUUUUUACUAACCGUUAUCUCAAUGAAAGCCCAGUAUAAUCAAGCAAAGAAGCAAAGUUAUCGUUUUCCAAUAAAACACAAAAACACCUAGCUAACAACCCAGUCGUUCAGGAACAGUUUAUCUCAAUACACCUCUACCUAAGUAUACAAGCAAAAAUAUCUGUGUUCUAACAAAUGUAACGCUUGUAAACCCAUUAUCACUGACUUAAUGCUAAGAAAGAAAGAAAUCGCUCUCCUGCCUGUUACAUUAUGUUCGUAUAGAGACAGUGUGAGAUCAAUGUGAAAUGACAAAUAUCUUUUAUGUAUUCCCUUAUUGCUACAUUUAUUCAUUUAGUAUUUAGUGCUGACAUGCGUAGACUUCUUCUUAUCGUUAUUUAUAGGAACUAUGCAGCUUUGGGGAAUUUUUCCAGCUAGAAGCCUACCUUGAUGGUCUCCUUGAGAGCCAAGAGUAAGACCCUUUAGUUUUCGAUCUUCUUUUUGGUGUUACGGUAGCAGCCUAAGCCAUGGACGCACACUUAAAACCUUAAGAAAAAACAAACAAACUGUUUUCCUUUCUCUUUCAGCACAAAAGAACUGUUUCUUAAAUUUCUUAAGCGUUUGGAAGAGGAUUACAACCCCAAAGAAUACGAAGGAAAUUUGAUAAAAGAUGUAAGUAAAAAGCGAGAAGAAUUCGUCUCCUGUAAUUUUUCAACUUAAAGUGUCUUGGUUUAAUUCCACUUUUCUUAUUACAGGUCAUGUGUUGUAUUUUCGUUGCUCGACAAGGUCUUUCUGAGACAGAGCUGAAGGCCAUUCUCAAAAUCACUGAUCAAAUAUGGUCUGUUCUCUACUUUGCGAUGGAAGAAUUUCUUUUGGAGCGAUCAAGCCUUUACGGGUAAAGCUAACGCUUUUAUCAACUUGAUAACUCAUUUAACUACUUUUCAGUACAGCAAGAGGAUUUUCCUGCAGUUAAAUGGAGUUAAAGGGAUACUGAAGCUCGUUACCCAAACUACAAAAACAGGUGACAAUUAGGCCAAAGAGCGGCUUAAAAAUUGGCGUUUUCUUGAUGAGACUAGUUCUCUUAAAUAAGAAUAGCUAAAAGACUAAAGGUAGAAGAGCGCGAGACAGUUGCCUUGUUAAGGCAAAUUUUAAAAUCUCGCGCGCCGGGUAAUGGGAACAUUAACGCUCACAGUCACAAGGUACUUAAGGUGAUCAAAUUAACUCCAGAGUCGUGAAAGAAACGAGCGACUUCUUCAAACGUUUGACAAUCUUCCUUUAUGGAAGUCCAAUGCUUUUGGAUCUGAAAAAGUAAUUACCGACGAAAAAAAAGGCCUGCUUUAGGUCUUAAUUUUUUUUCUUCGGCUGCUCGGAGGCGAAUAUCUAGCCGUUUGGCUAAUAACCCCCGAGUAAGCCAAUCAGCGCGUGCGUGUAAUAUUAGUAGUAACGAUUUGAUGUAGCAGAUCUACUAAGCGGCUCUUUGUCUACCAUUCCUAGUCGAAUUGGAAUUUGUAACUGUUGGUUUUUCAGAAGAGGCUAAAACCUGAAUACCCGGGGAAAAACCUCCAGGAGCAAAUAAGAAAACUAACAACAAACUCAACCCACAUAUAGCGUCGACGCCAGUAUUUGGGCCACACUGGUGGGAGGCGAUUGCUCUUACCUCUGUGCCACCCUUGCUCCCUGUUUGCAAGAGUUGCAUGAGAACAGUCUAAAGUAUAGUGUGAAAAUACUUGGUCUUUGAAACUUACCUUGCUUUGUUUGUUUGUUGUUUAGAUUUUCGUAUGAUGAACUGUCUGCCGCAGUAAAAGAGAGAUACUGUGAGGAAGAAUCCACUAUCAAGCACUACCACAUGCUUCUUAUAGAAUAUUUUGACGCGUUACUGAAGGUAAACUUGACCUUUUAAAUAGCGAUAGUUUGUUUUAGUCAUAUUUAACAUUGCAACUUCCUCUUGGAAGCUCUGACUUCAGGGUAGAACUAUACCGGAAAAUAAGCGAUUUUUUGUUUAUUUUGUGGCUAAACAUUAGACAAUCCAUCUUCCACUGGGGAGACGCGGUACCACAUUGAAGUAAGAAGUCACAUUUCACAGGCGCCGAAUCUAAUGCAAAUGAGCGAGAACAAAGAUUUUCCUCAUAAGCAUCAUUUCGGCACAUGUGAAGUAAAAUGUUUAAACCGGGCCCUAUUCGUACAGCUUGUGUGUCGUUGGUAGUUUAAAUACAUCCUGAAAUGUGGCUCUGCUGAUUUUCUGACAGAAGAGAAGUGCCGAGUACUACACGGAAAUCCCCGAACGAGUAAAAAUGGAGUUACCAUGGCUUUUGGUCAAAGCUGGGGAAAAGGAUCGACUUAUCAAGUGUCUUACAACUGCUUCAAUAUCCUGGUCACUAAACAGGUUUAUAUAUGCCUUUAGUACUUUGCUACUGCAUGCAUCGACCCUCUUCACCCCACAAAAAACGCUGGGAGACGGAGAGCUUUGUUAGUUAGUCGAUAUAUUAAGGUAUAGUUGUUAAUGGUUGCUAUUGGUAACCACUGCCGAUUAACAGCGAAAAAGUAGCGCUCAAAUCAUAGUGCCCAAGCCUCUUGGUCAAAAGUCACAUCAUUGUCGCAACAUUUGCUUAGGGAACAGAUAAUUGGCAAUUAUUUGAUAAGGCUUUUGUGUGUUAUGAAGAAUUUAGAAGAUCUCGGUGGAUGGUAUCUUCGCAUUGGAAUAAACAACCUAAGAGGAUCUACAGGAACCUGAAAAAUUCAAGCCUGACCUUCGCAAUGAUCUUUGAGUGGCAUGGAAGCCUAUCGGAUAUUCGACGAUCCACUAUCAAGAUCGGUGGGGCGCAGCUUCGCCCUUCACCGAAAACCCUCAGAGGGUCCUCAAACACAAACAAAAGCUUCAUUCGAUAUGGUUAUUGUUUCCGCGCAAGAGUCAGCUUUUUUAGCAAAUAAACGGAGACGUCAGUUGACGACGGCGCAGGCAAAUCGAACAACUGGGUUGACCAAUGUCAGAGCGGCAAAUUGGGUACCAGAAGUCGAGUUUAGCCCUUUCUGCGCGCUUUCCCGUCGUCAAAUGACGUUCUCGUUCUGUUGCUGAAUCAGCCUAGUAUCUAGUGUAGCGUCGACAUACCCAUUAUAGCUCAAAUACGUACACUUAAAUAGAAGGACCUUAGAUCGGCCCCAUUUUCCCAUUUUUCCCUUUUUAUAUCAUUUAACGCUUGUCAAAAAAUACGUGUACAGCACAGAAUACAACAUCGACAACAAAUGAAAAAAUUGCAUUUUUCUGAGUCAUAUAAAUCCUUCUUUAUCACUUCCCACUGAAAUGAUGUACAAAAAGUGUGAACUUUCCAAACUUGUUUUCAUCAAUUUUUAAUUCAAAGCGUGAGUUGGAAUCUAUGGCUUAUUGCUCUCUGAAUUUGCCCCUCAGGGAUGAGAACAAGUACGACUUGAUAAAUUACUGGAAUUGUACUGGCUUCACUGGGGACGAAAUAAAUAAUUUCUACAAGAUGACUGUUGAUGAUCAGCUUGCCGUCCUACAUUUCAAAGAGCAAGAGAAAUUUGGAGAACCAAUCAACGCCUUGAAAGUGGUAAGGGAUUUUUUUUAUUCAGCCAAGUAAAAUCCUCUCUCUGGAGUAAUGGUAACUUUGAUCUGAUUUGGGGAAAUCGGUUUUAAGCUUUGUGUCCUGAACUGAAAAGGAAUGAAAUGUCAAUGUUUAACGGCUAAUUAAUUUGCUACAUAAACCCUUCUUCCCUUCACUCCUCUUACCUCUAAACAAUUUUCAAUUUGUUUGCGAGAAACAAAUUGAAAUGUCAGUCUCGUGAAAGUGGAAGAGGGAGGGCUAGCCUUUCAGGCUGAUUAACACAAAACUGUUGCUUAAUACCACGUGCUCAAAAACAUUUGGCUAAAAAUGACGCCUCUUACCAGUCAACUCACUGUUUUUUAUUUGUUUGCUUGUUGUUUGUUGUUGUUGUUGUUUUUCUUAUGGUAGUUUAAAAGAAAUGUUAUUUCAAACUUUUGCAGCUUUUCCCUUUUGUUUAUGGUAUAUCCCAGUUUCAGUCAGGAGCUGGACAUAUGACAGCAGUUGAAGCAUUCCUUCAGAGAGCUGUUGACUUAAUAGUAAGCCAAAGGCAAUAAUGGGGCGGUUAGUUAGGGACGGCUAUUUGAAUUAAAAAUUAUUCCUCGAGCCCGAAUGGGCUUUGAGUCAAUAGCCCAUGAGGCCGAAGGCAGAAUGGGCUAUUGACUCAGAGGCCAUGAGGGAGAGAGGAAUAAUUGUUUUAGUAAAAUCCAACUAGUUGGUAAAAAAUAUCCAGAAAAAACAUCUUUAGCUAGCAAAACGCGAUGCAGCCGCCAUUUUUUUGGUUUUCAAAGCCGGCCCUUUUUGCAGCUAGUGGGCUAUAACAUAUAGCCUAGUAGUAGCUCAACUAAUCAGAACACAGCAUUAAUGAUAGACCACUAGAUGGAUUUUACUAACAGAGUUUAGCCGUUGUUUAAUAAAACCGCGUUGUAACCUACUAAGGAAGAGACCUGGGGGUCCAAAGAUUUGCUAAACCACGGCUUAAGUUAGACUUCGUUUAAAUAGCCGACCCAUAGAAUUUAAACGGUGUAUGUUAAAACCUUGUUAUCUACUUGAGGUAAGACACUUGUACCGGCCGGGUACAAAUUUUGGGUACAUGGCACUGAUUUUCUUUCAUCUCGCCGUAAGUUAGACGUUAUUUUAACCGACUCAUUGAGGCGGUGGCGGUAUGGUUGGGUUCAUUGUAUCCUCCCUCGUACUCUGUGAGUAAUUUUGCUUGUUCUAUUCCGCAGUUCUAGUUUCUAAAACUAGCAGUUGUUCGCAUCAGUUGUAUAUCCAUCAAAGUCAAUUUGCUCACAUAUGCCUCAUGUGCCUUUAGAGAAUGCUAGUAAUGCUUAUUCAAACCCACCCAAAUGCCUUAUUUUAUUUUUAAUUGUGUAUGUUAGUGAAGAAUAAAAUAACAUAUAGUAAAAGAAACUUGAUUAUUUUUAAUCGCGUUAUAAAUGACUGUUAUAUUUUGCUUCUUUUGUAGAAGACAGCACAUUCAGAAGAAGAAAUCCAUUCUAAUUCUGUAGUCGCUGAACAAUACUGCAAUAUGGUGAAUUCCCUGGCAUGUUUGUUUGUGGAUACAGAGCAGUUUGAUAAGGCCGAGCCACUCCACUUGGAAGUUCUCAAGCUAAGAGAAAAGUUAAUACCUUAGUAGUUUUUGCUCGUUAAGACCAGUGGCGGAUCCAGGGAAGUAUUAGACCAAACUGGGGCCCAAAGGGCCAAACAAAAUUCUUUUUGAGACCGCCGCCUCCCGCCCCCCUUAUCUCAGGGUCUGGAUGACCGCCUCCCUCCACCCCUCCCCCCUCCCUUACCCUUUAUCUGAAGGUCUGGAUCCGCCACUGAAGACUUCGGUCAAGUCCAGGAAAUCAUUAUUAAUAGUCUUGGAGCCUUUUUCAAGACGAGUGAUGAUGUGAUUCAAAUGCAAAGGAAAUUGUUCUACCAACUACUAUUAACGUUAACCUGCAUGGAAACAUUAACUCUGCCGGCACUAGCUUUUUCAAUAAAACAACUUCUUGUUGUUUCUAUUCACUAAAUCAGAUUCGCUGAUAAGUGGGACAAUGGCUGGUCGAGUGUUGCCACUUCAUUUCAUGGUCUGGGAGUACUCUAUUACAAGACAAACAGGCUUGACGAGGUAAGACAUUAUUUGUAGUUUUUACUUGUCAUUAUUCUUUUGUGACCUUUUCUAUUGACAAAUUGCCAUUACUGGAAAAGUUUCCGAAACGCCAAGUUACUGAACUGGUUGAUUUCUUUGAAAUAUGUAAUGAAGACGGUUUGACGAAUGACCCAUGUCAGCGUUGCUGGGCCAUUGUAGGGGUUUGUCAAGCCCCUGUUGUCUCAUUAAUUCGUGUCGCAGACAUGGCUAUUUGAAUUUUGUUGGCAUCCACCAUUUUGAUUUUUGUUUUGCCGUGGACACUACAAUGUUCCGCAAGAGUGUCCGCUUAAACCAUGACUGUCGUGACUAUACCCGAAGUUUAUUUUUAUCCGGAUUCUCUUUCUUAGGCGUUAACCCAUUACAACAGAUGUCUUGAGCUUCAUCGAAAAACUUUGCCACCGACGGACAGUUUAAUUCCGACUACCCUCAACAACAUAGGUGUUGUAUAUAAGUCCAUGGCGCGCUGGGAAGAAUGCGCUAAAGUGCUUGAAGAAGCAUUACAGGUGACGUACAUUUACUCACAAUAAACCUACAAAGAUAAAAGUACAUUUGCUUGAAAACAGGGGGGGCUUUUAAAACAGCAGGAUUUUACAGUAUGAUGAUUCACAAACGAGGUUACCCAUGCAGCCAGAAAAGCUGUUUUCAUAAAUGCCUUUUAGCUACCUGCAUUUAUAAAUUUCUUUGGAUUGUAUUGUCUACUUACACUCUGCUUCUCUAUUAGGUAGGAGGGUAGUCCCAGAUGCCCACUGCCAUUUACCGCUUUAUACAUCGUUACUGCCUCAGUUUAUGUUUUUAGCUAGAUCUGAGUCAUAAUGGUUCGCGUAUUCUACACUGUGACGUCAAUUGGCUAAUUCUCUCGGUGUUUUAAUCAACUUGGAAAGAUAAAAAGAAAUCUUGAACAUAUUUCCCUCACUUGGAUUUGAAACCAGACCUUAAUUGCGAACCAUGUUGAAAGCUGUUCAAUUGCUUGGUUAGCUCAACUGUUAGAGUGUUGGGUUUGGUGAUCAAAAAGGUCGGGGUUCGAAUCCCGGUUAACUAUGAUUUUCCUCAAGUUCUUUCUAAAAAAUGAAAAUGAGAUGAAAACAAUGCCAAGAUUAUAAGCACAGACACAAUUUCUUUCAUAGGGGCCGUUCAAAAUACUUAAUAAUAAUUUGUUUUAACUUCACAUAUAGCUUUAUGAGGAUGCUUACUUUGGUCAACUUCCUCCUGAUGUUGGUGGAACUCUCCUUAACCUCGGAAUGGCUUACUUCAGGCUCUACGACGCUAGUCAAGCAGAACCACUGUAUCUGAAGUAAGUGUUAAAGCGGACUAGACCGGUUUGAUAUUUGAUCAUGAUCUGAGUGACAUAAAUUUAUUUAACAGCUUUUCGGAUAGUUGAAAAAGAAAAUUUAAAGGAAUCAGCCGUUACUGGUGCACUUGGCAAAUUCUAGGGUGCGUGGUUGCUAGACUGAAGGAUUGUAUCUCAGAAGGGAAUUUCUGUCUCUCACAACUGGCCAACUUUAUUACUAGACAGGAAAAAUGCGAGUGUAUGGUCGUGUUACUGGAAUGUAGCUUGCGAUUUCUCGUUUAAUCUACAGUAACGAGUCCCUUUUAUUUACAGACUUCUACCCGUCAGUGACCCGUUAACUCUUUCAGUGAAGUUUUUCAUUUUAUUUUGUCUUAUUUGAAGUAAUAAUGAAAGGGUUUUUCACGCUGCAGAGCAUUAGACAUUCGUACCGAAGCAUAUGGCUCGGAUCACCAUGAUGUUGGACAGACAUUGCUCAAUUACUCCGGCUUUUUGCUCUCAGUCGAUGCUUCCAAAUCAGCCGACGCUGCUAUGAAAGCAGCAGAAAUUUUAGAGGUACACCAUUUCAUUAUGGCUAUUCAAGGAGCUAUUUCUUGGAGAUAGCCACAAUUUGGGCAAAGCUGACUGGUCAUAGGACUAAGAAUAGUCAAUCAUUUUAUCUAGGAAAGAAAGAUACCAAAUGAAUCUAUCAAAGGAAAAACAAAGCAUGUUCGGGUUAAAUUUUUAGUCAUUUUUCAACAACAAAGGAUAAAAAGUUGACUUAAUUUUCUCUGUUUACAUCCUGGCCUUCGAAAGCCAAAGACACGUACUUACAGUUUAGGAACAGUAGCAGAGUAAUUUGAAAUGCACCUUCACCAUUAUUUCAAAGUUUUUUGUUGUUUUUGUUGUCAAUGUGUUUUUAGGGUUUAAAGUAAAUCGUUACAUAGCGUCUUUAAGAUCUAAAGACAAGCAACUGGAGAUACACCCUCUUCGUGGAGAAGCUUUCUUAAAACUGAAAUUUAAUCUUUCAUUUCUUUAAUUGUUUUAUAUGUUUUUUGAAUUAAAUUUAAGAAAUCGUUAGGUGCAGAUCACAUUCAGACGUUGAACGCUCAAGAGAAUGUAGCAUUGGCUUUUGCGAAGGAUAAAAAGUUUGACAAGGCACAUCCGUAUUUUAAAAAAUCAGGUGCUAAAUUUAAAUUUAAAUUUAAAUUUGUUUUUUAUUUAUUAAAAUAACGUACUGAUACAGUGUACUGUCCUGAAGAAUUCAUUUUCGAUAUUAAUUAGCAUUCUUUAACAAAUUACUAUGCUAAGUUGUUAAAGGAAUUGUAUAUCACAAUAAAUCAAUCAAUCAAUCAAUUGUUUUGUUGAUGUUCGUAUUUCUUCUUGUGUCAUUACAAGAGAUCAUGUCUUUUUUCAGUUGGUGUCUCCUCAUCGCUUCAACGCAUUGAAUCGUAAAAGCGAGUCUUCCGGAAGUCAACCACUUUACGGGAAACUGUUCCCGUUUGGUCCGCAUACAAUCUGAAAAUAACUUUUUGCAAUUCAAGUAUCCCAAACACAUGACUGGGAGACACCCUCUCCGUCCUUUUUAUGAUCUCCUGGUAAUAACUACAGCUUAUCUUGAAGGUCUUCCAGACCAAAUCGCUUCUUGAAGACAAAAAAUAGCCUUGUUUGGUAUAAAGGAUAUUUUCCAGCUGUUACCUAAUAUUCAUUUUGAACUUUCCAAGGAAUAAUUCGACACCAGAGAGGCCACAUGAAUUCUUCUAUUCCAAUAUUAAACUCUGUUAUGGCCGAUUAUUACCUCAGCAAUGGUCACAAUGAGGAAGCGAGGCAGCUGUUUGAAAGAUUGGUAAGUCUUGAUUUUUUUGUUCCAUUUUUUAAUCAUCUCUUGUUUCUUUGCUUCAUUGAUUUUCUUCUUCAAAGCAGUGAGCCCGGUCCGGACGCGACGGUGUUCUUCUUAGAGAGAGCUAACUUUUCCCAGAGAAAAGAUGAAUGGUUUAUUUGAUUUUUGUAUUGCAAUAUCACAUAUGACGCCUGGAGGUAAUUCAUCACGUUUUGUUUGCUUCAUUGUAUAUUCAGAUUGGGACAGAUUUUGUCACGGACAGGGACUUCGCUGCCCUAGACUUCUUGGAUCAUGAACUUCUGGGAGAUGGCAAACCUGAAAGGCCAUACAACGAAACAGUGGAUUACGGCUUAGAAAAGUUUGUACUUCAAUUUUAGAAAAAAAUUUAGUCUUGCAAGAAAAGUUCAAUUCCUUCUGUAAAAUAUUACUAUACAAGCACAUUUAAUUUGCCACAUAAACUGUAAAGUGACAAAAACGCCAGAUAUGGAAUGCGGUUGGGUGCAGGGCAGAUAACAACAUUUCCAUAAGUGAUGUCAUCGCUAGGAGAAACUGACUUUCUUGGGCGGUUAGUUGAAAUAUUAAAAAGGCUAUAACUUGAUUUCAAACCUUUUUAAGAGCUUUAAGAAACAUGGUAUUGUGAUUUAAUAACAGACCUUUAACUCGAGGCUUCAAGGGUUGACAAAGUUCAGCAAUUGGCAAGAAGUUGUCCACCAAAGCCUCGAAGCCUUGUUUUAUUUUUUAAAUGCGGAAAAAGGGAAUGGCCUAUUGAGUAUUUGUUGUGUUCUACCUCAGUUUCGUAAAUCAGUUUGCUAUCAUCAGCCGUAAGGACAAAUACAUCAAAGGGGAUGAUGCGCGACCGAGUGCUUACAGCGUCGGGCACGAAGUGAAGAGGCCGAACAAUGUUGAACAAAAAUCUUUACUACAAUGAUUUAAUGCUGUAAAUUAUCUUUCUUCUCAACUGAAGUUUAAAAAAUUAAACAAAUGCAUCGAUUUUCCUCCUGUCCCCAUUAAAAAGGUGGAUGGAUGGACUGAUAAAUUGCGGAUACAAGUAGUCAAAAAGUUUAUGAGGAUUGCCGGAAAGGUCUGGGAAAAUGAAGUUUCAUACGCGCGUGAGUGUUUUCAUACGAUUACUUCGAGUCGUUUUUAUUGAGAGGAGAUAACGACUCGAAGCAAUCGUACGAAAUUCAGGCUAGUGUUCCCCGGUUUGAGUGAAAAAGUUACACAACUGCACAUUCGUGCCAAGACUCCUACCUCUGGUUGUAAGAAGAAGGUAUCUGCUAUUACCAGCUUGAUUUUGUGAUGUUUCAACAAGACGUCCUCACAGGAUGUAUGAGAUUGAUAACGAUUUAUAAACGGUUAUGAACAAACACGCUACAUGUGAUUAGAUGGACUCCGUGAUGAUUCCAAGGGAAUCCAUCCCAUAGUUCCUCGCGGCUUAUGAAAACCCCGAACAUCCGGUAUUAAUAAGUUCAGGUAUAGAAUAUAAACAUAACAGAUUUGUAUCUUUGUAGACCAUUAUCAGUUUUAUUUUUCUAGUGUGGUAAAUGAAACCAUUUUUCCUUUCCAGAUUUCCGUCGAGCGUCAGGCUCUUUGGUAGAAAACUUCCAAAGCUCGCAGAAAAUGGAGACUCCAAAAGAAUUUUGCACAUUCUGGAAAAAGGAGCCUUUGGCGCUGAAAAAUAUAACGAGUCAUAUCUCAGUUUUGCUGAGUGUCAACACAGGAAAGAAGGUCUUGAAAUCCUCAUUGCUGCCCACGAAAAGUUUCCCACAGACACUGUAAGUAUACUGGGUACAAACCAGUCUGCCCUGAGAAGUGCAAAUCGUUCAUCUUGCAGUUCUUCUCACAUAUUUAGUCUUAAACAUAGCUUGAGCAUAAAUUUUCGAUUAGUAGUUAAAAAUAUUAAUGUACUGAGCCACAAAGUACAAUGGCCAAAAAAAACACUGAAAGAAAAAAGGGCACGGAUCAUGGCCACAAUGGUAUGCACCGUUUUAUUUUCGUUGUAAAAAAAAAACAUUGAAAACAUUGACAUCUCAAGUUCAAGAUUAUGUCUUAAAAAACUAAGUAUAUGUUGAAAUAAGGUAAAAUGCAAAGAAACAAAAAGUUUUAAAAAGUAGAGUAAUUAUUUAAAGCUCAGAUAAUUAAGAUUAUAGGAUAAUAAGGAAUGCCGUGAAAAAGAAAAAGUAUUUCUCUCAAGGAACAUGAUUUGCACAUUUUUCCUUCUUAAAUCAGCCCAAUGUACAAUGGAUUUAGGUUCAAAUGACAGUGUAGGACUAUCAGUUUUGAUAUUAGGACCUCUGCGAUAAGUUAAAUCUAAGUUGCAAUCUAAUCAGAUGAAGUCAGAGGCAUUUCCAUUUUCAUCUAACAAAACGAAGUGAUUUUUCCCUUACAGAUAAUUCUGCGCAACUUGGCAUCAUGUUAUUCCCUGUAUAAGGACUACACUAAAGCUUCUCAGUACUUCAGCACGCUGAUAGACUUACAGCCAGAUAACGAGGGAGUUAUUGCUGAUUAUGGGCGCGUACUUGCGAUGUCAGGAAAGGUGGAUGAAGCUAAGGGACAGCUUAGAAAUGCUCUGAAGAUAGCCGAGAUGAAAAACCAAGAGCAGCUGGUAGAACAGGUAUGUUUCUUCUUGUGUUUAAUUGAG